AUGGCCAGGACAAUCAGGCAUUCCUGCCUAUGCGCAGGGCUGGACAUGCUACGAACCAGGGCAGUGGCUUCGACGGCAGGUAGAUUGAAGCUUUCACGCCAGUGGCACCUUUCUUUCUUCAUUCAGGUCGUCUGUGGUGAGCCAACUUGCCUGAUGUGA